AUGUACAUUCCCUUACCCCUUCCAACCAAAGAUGCUCUAAUUGAAGUUUACAGCACUGUUUUGAUAAGAAAGCUAUGCAUUUUUUAUAUUUCAGAUGCAGCAACAGGAAAAACGGCUCUCAUAAAGGCCCUACUGAAUCUGAAAAAUGGCAGAAAUGACACUAUUCUGGAACUACUUCAGAUUGCAAAGCAGACUGGUGAUUUAGAGACUCUAAUCAAUGCAGCUUUUACAGCUCCUCGUUACAAAGGUCAAACUGCAUUACACGUUGCUAUUGAACGGAGACAUCUGACUUAUGUUGAACUUUUGGUCAAGAUGGGUGCGGAUCCGCAAGCCAAAGCCAAUGGGACAUUCUUCCAGUGGGGUGAAAAAUGUGGCUUUUAUUUUGGUGAGCUGCCUCUGUCCCUGGCUGCCUGCACCAAUCAGCCCAAAAUGGUUUCAUUUCUCAUGGACAACAAUCACAGGAAAGCUGAUCCUACUGACAAAGACUCACAAGGGAACACCGUGUUGCACGCUCUGGUGGUGAUAGCAGAUGACACAACAGAGAACGUAGAAAUGGUUGCAAAUAUGUAUGACCAAAUCCUUCUUCAGUACUACAAGAGCAACAAAGUCAACUUGGAAUCAUUUGAGAACAAUGAAGGUCUGACGCCACUGAAAUUGGCAGCCAAACUUGGUAAAAUUGGGUUGUUGAGGCACAUGUUGAGUCGGGAAGUCAUGGACAAAGAGACAAGGGUCCUUUCCAGGAAGUUUACUCGAUGGAUCUAUGGACCUGUUGGGUCGUCACUAUAUGACAUCAGUUCCAUUGACACGGAUCAAAACAAGUCUGUGCUGGAGAUGAUCAUCUUUGAAAGCGAUAACCCGAAUCGCCCUGAGAUGCUGCAGAUUGAACCUCUAAAGAGUCUCCUUCAACAUAAGUGGACAAAAUUUGCUUGGAAGCUGUUCUUGAUGAACUUCUUGUCCUAUGUCACGUACUUGGCCAUUUUCACCUCAGUGGCUUUGUCCACUAAAGAUAAACAGCCACCUUUUACCAUCACUGAUUAUUAUUGUCAAGCAGUAAUCGUCCUUGCAGCUGUGAGAUUUCUCUACAAAUCGAUGACACAUUUUCAUAGGAACCCUCCAAAAAUGAGAACUUUAUUCAUUAAUGGCUUCAGUGACAUCCUGUUUUUCCUACAGGCAGUCGGUGUGUUGCUGUCCACCGUCUUGUCUUUCUGUGGCUGUCGGGAAUAUGUCAAAAUCCUUGUUCUGUCUCUGGUUGUGGCCUGGGUGAGCAUCCUCUAUUAUGCCAUAGGAAUCAAGCAGCUGGGAAUCUACAAUGUCAUGAUGCAAAGGAUUAUCCUAGGUGAUCUGCUCCAUUUCUUAUGCAUUUACAGCGCUCUGCUGUUUGGAUUUUCCUCUGCCAUUGUUGCAAUUAGCAGAGACCCAUCUGGGACUGUGAAAACAAAUGAGACACUUGCACCAGAAAGCAACUUGAAAGCAGAUGCAGGAUGCAAGAUGGAGAAUUAUGAAGAUUUCAGAACCACAAUGAUAGAACUGUUCAAGUUCACUAUUGGAAUGGGAGAUCUGGAGUUCACCAACACAUUUGAGUACAUUGAGGUUUUCUACAUCCUGCUCAUCUGCUACAUUGUUCUGACUUACAUCUUAAUGCUCAACAUGCUCAUUGCUCUAAUGGGCAACACGGUGGAGAGAAUCUCGGAACAAAGCGAAACCAUCUGGAGCCUGCAGAGGGCAUUUGCCAUUCUGGACAUGGAGAGGAACUUGCCAAGGUUUCUGAGGAGCAAGAUCUAUUCUAAAGGACCUGAAAUGGUUUUGCUGAAUGACCAGGAUGUCCAUCGUAAAUGUAUCAUGGUGAAUGAAAUAAACUGGACCAAAUGGAGGACUUAUCUUUGUCUGAAGCUGGAGGAAGACCCUGGAAAUGCCAAGGAGAUCGAGGUGAUCCAGGAUCCUGAGGACAUCCAGGAUCCUGAGGACAUCCAGGAUCCUGAUCC